GCCCCUUCUGCCAGCGGCGCGCUCUGAUUGGCUGAGGCGGAGGUGACCCGGGCACGCCCCCGGCAUGGCGGCGGCGGGGCUGAGCCGGGCCCCGCUCUGGCUGCGCUGCCGCGGCUGGCGGGGUCUGGCCUCGGGCACGGACGGGGAGUCGCGCCUGGCGCAGCUGCUGCGGGAGAAGUUCCCGCACGCCUCGGCCAUCAAGGUGGUGGAUAUCUCAGGGGGCUGCGGCGACAUGUACGAGAUCCACGUGGAGUCGGAGGAGUUCCGGGAGAAGCGGCCGGUGCAGCAGCACAGGAUGGUGACACAGGCCCUGAGCGAGGAGAUCAAGCACAUGCACGGCCUGCGCAUCUUCACCUCGGCCCCGAAGGCCUGAAAAAUGGCUCCAGGAGAGACCCCAGCCCCAAAAAUGGCACCAGGAGAGACCCCAGCCCCAAAAAUGGCUCCAGGAAGGCACCAGGGCUGCCCCCAGCCCCAGUAAAGAGCUGCAGGAGGGGCCCAGGGCUGCCCCCCUGGCUGCAAACCCCA